GGAAGCGGAAGCGGCGGAAGUUGAAGGGGCGGAAAGCGGAAGUGAUAACGGCGUCCGGGCCGGGCGGGGGUGACCAUGGCGGCGGGCGGGGAGGAGGGCUGCGAACACUACCGGCGGGGCUGCCUGCUGCGGGCGCCGUGCUGCGGGAAGCUCUACGCCUGCCGGCUGUGCCACGAUGGCGCCGAGGGGCACCGCUUGGACCGCUUCCGUGUGGCCGAGGUGCAGUGCACCCGCUGCCGCCUCCUGCAGAAGGCCCAGCAGCACUGCGAGGGCUGCCGCAACCUCUUCGGGGAGUAUUACUGCGACAUCUGCCACCUCUUCGACCGCGACAAGAAGCAGUACCACUGCGCCGAGUGCGGGAUCUGCAGGAUUGGGCCGAAGGAGGAUUUUUUCCACUGUUCAAAGUGCAAUUUAUGCCUAAGCUUGAGUCUGCGGGGGAAGCACAAGUGUAUUGAAAACGUCUCCAGGCAGGACUGUCCAAUAUGUUUGGAGGACAUUCACACAUCUCGCGUUGGAGCUCACGUUCUGCCGUGCGGUCACCUUCUUCACAGAACGUGUUACGAGGAUAUGCUAAAAGAAGGUUACAGGUGUCCUUUGUGCAUGCACUCGGCUUUAGAUAUGACAAGGUACUGGCGUCAGCUGGAUGACGAAGUGGCGCAAACUCCUAUGCCCACAGAGUAUCAGAACAUGAUGGUGGAGAUCCUUUGCAACGACUGCAAUGCCCGCUCUACGGUGCAGUUCCAUCUCCUAGGCAUGAAAUGCAAAAACUGUGAAUCAUACAACACCGCCCAAGAUGGAAAAUGCCGGCUGCCUCUGGAGGAGCAGUGACCGAGAUACCCGCUGCCUACGGCCGCGCGUGGACGACUCUGCCACGGAAGAGACUUAUCUAUUUAAAGGAAAAAAAAAAAACAAAAAAAACCAACAAACCCACCCACUUGUCAGUAAAAAAUCUAUUCCAACUUUUUACAACACCGGUGAAAUGGUUACCAGGUUUAAUUAACGCGGGUGCAAAGGAGUUUUGCUAAUUGUGCCCCACUGCCUAGUACCUGGGGCACAGAGCGGUCGGGCCCUUGGGGGACAAUCCCCCCAGCGAGCAGGGUGAUGCCCGCUGAAGGCUGCUUUCCAGAGAGAACAGCGUUCCUUUAAAAGAGCCGUUUACUAGCGGAAUAACUAAUGAGACGCAGAAUGAGGCGUGAUGAGCAGCUGAUGCGGCAGAAGAUGUUUCGGGGCAGCUGAAGGUUGCGAGCGCGCCGGGCGGUGGAGGUAGAGCUGUGCUGGCUGCAGCUGUUGGGGGAAAAUUGGUAGCUUUGAGAGCAGCCUUUUUACAUAAAGCUGACGUCUGCGAAGUCUUACUUGGGUACCUUUUGUUCCUUUUAAACGAUGUGUUCAUUCCAGGGCCUCGGAGCCGUCGGUGUAAGCGGCUGGAGAGCGCGAGCUCGCGGAAAUCGCACCUUUCCUCGAUUUGUGGGUGCGCGCGGCGUGCGCACAGAAUUCCCUUCAAAACAAGGCUGUCCUGCUUGCCUACGCGCGAUGAACGGCCUAAAAAUCCAGCCUUCUCCCCAGGACACCCAUCCAACCUGCUGUCUCACAUUCCUUUGCCGGCCGCGCUCGCCUUUACACCCAUUUCUUCCUCAUUUUGCGUUCUUUGGUUACGGGGGCCAAGGUGUAGGGUUUUUAGACGCGCGCGUAGCAUGGUGUUUCGAUGAAGUACGCUAAGCGAAGCACGUGUCGUCGUCUUGUCGGGAUUGUCGUCAAAUUGGGCUGAGCCCGAGGUGUUUGCUAAAGCAGCAGCACUCGAGUAGUGCCAGGGACCAAUUUUAUGUGGCUUUUGGGGGUUGUGUGGGGUUUUUUUUUGUUUUUUUUUAAUGGUAUCCGGAGAGAGAAUGGAGGAGUGCUUUUUAAAACAUAAAAAAAAUCCCAACAAACCUUCCCCCCCCUGCCGCUUCCUCACGUAACACCCUGCCCAAGGUGUUUCGCAGCCUAAAUAUUACAGAAUGUUACGGAAAGCUCUUAGUUUCAGAGAAUUUCAGAACAUGCAAAUAGUGUUCAAUAGCGAAAUAAAAUAUAAAAAUAAGCCCAGUUAUUCUUCACCGUACAACUACUUGAUUUUAAUUUGUUCUACCGUAAAACAGCUGCUUUUCUUCUUAAUCUGGCAGUGCCCUUUAUGUAUGAAAUACCGGGACUGGGACGAUACUGUUACUGUAGCUUGCCUUUACUGCAGUAUCUUUUUUCUGAAGCGCUUUUCUCACUGCUAUAAAUAAACGAACGUAAAAUAACGUCUCUAUUAAAAUAAACAAAUUACACUCUG